UAGCUGGGCUUCUGACGGCGUUCCUAUUCGAAGAUUCACGGUGGUUACGUCACAGGUCACUCACUGCGCAUGAAUUUUUGCCUCUGUUGCCCUUUCGCACGGCGGAAUUUAGCGGCUCCCAGAUACGGAAUCCAAGGGACAAGGAUUUUGUAUAACGCCGGAAGUGUGGCGAUCACGGCCUCUUUCCGGGAGUAAUAUGGCGAAAUAUUAUACUGGCCCUGUCAUGGCCAGGAUACGAGCUCUGUCGAAAAACAAGACGCUACAGUAUGGACUCCCGAUGAUGCUGCUUAUAAUUGGUGGUUCUUUUGGGCUCCGUGAGUUCACCCAGAUUCGAUACGAUGCUCACGAGCGCCACUGCAAGGUUGAUCCAGCUUUGGAAGAAAAACUCAAGAAGAAUAAAAUGACACUGGAAUCAGAAUAUGAGAAAAUGAAAAAUUCCAACUUUGAAGACUGGAAGAAUAUCAGAGGGCCCCGUCCAUGGGAAGAUUCUAAGCCUCUUCAAGAGCAGCCGCGGUAGCGCCAGCAAAGUCUUAGUUGAAGGCCAGCCUGUCUUCAUUCACUUGGUGUGCCCUUGAACUGUUUCUUUCCAGUGGAUGGGUGAACCAGUAGUUAACCCCAGCAAGGAACAAACUGUUUUGAUCUGAUAGCAUGCCUAAGCAGAAGCCUUGUAAAUAAAGUUCUUGAAAUGUG